AGUGGAUCAGAGCCGUGCGGCGGAAGAAGUAAGUUCCGCUCCGGAUCUUGUCUUCCAAUGGAUCGUAAUGGCGAACUUAUCUUCUCCGUCUCGCGUUGUGUUUUGGUUUUUCUUCUGCCACUAACGUUUGCGUAUUUCAGUGCCGACGGAACGGACUGGGAGCCGACCCGGCACUCACGGAUAUGCAGCGUUCAUUUCGUCGGAGAUACAAGAAACGGAGGACAGCUACUGCAGCUCUGCCCCAGACCUCAACGUCGCUGCCAGACUUGCUGCAAGCUGCGCCACCAACAGUGGUGACCGAGGCUCCUGUGGAUCUGCCAGCAUCUCCAGCAUUCGCACCAGAGUUUGGAGAACCUGAAGUCACUGGACAACAUAGUGAAGCUCGUCAUCAGGAAGGUGUGGAGGUAUCAACUCAAACAUCAUGGACAUCAGAGCCCCAGGAUCAGGGUGUGCUGAUGAUAUCCUGCGUCUUCUGGACUGGUGUCUGCGAGGCAUCCACCCAGGUUGCAUACUUAGCGCACAAGCGACCGACGACUGCUGAUGUACGUGGGGAGCGAUACUUGGAUCUGGGUAUGGAGAGCAAGCUCCUGCUUUUCCUGGUCAAGAUGAAGCAUGGACUGACCUUCUCUGCCUUGGGUGUAUUGUUUGGUAUCCACCGAACCAGUGCAUCGCGCAUCUUCUACACGAUUCUAGAUGUGCUCUAUGUUAGUACGCAGGGAUGGAUCCAGUGGUUUUCUAGAGAUGUUGUUCAUGCAUCAAUGCCUGCAUCGUUCCGGUCGAAGUAUCCCAAUUGUAGGGUUAUCGUCGACUGCAGUGAAGUCCGGAUUGAGAAACCGAGCAAAGUCUCUGACAGAGUGAACUGCUGGAGUAAUUACAAAAGUGACUUCACGCUCAAAUUUCUUGUUGGCAUCACGCCAUCUGGGUACAUUACAUUUAUUUCAGAUGUUUAUGGCGGAAGGGCAAGUGACACUUACAUCAUAGCAAACUCUCGGCUGGUUAACCUGCUAGAACCAGGUGAUAUGGUUAUGGCCGACAAAGGGUUUCCUCACGUGAAGUGCGACUUGGAGAGUAAAGAUGUGACUCUCGUUAUGCCACCAUUUGCAAGAGCUAAUGAACAGUUCACGGAGGCAGAGAUGAAGGAGACAUACAAGGUUGCAUCUCAUCGAAUUCAUGUUGAGAGAUGUAUCCAGCGGAUUAAGAGUUUCGCAAUCUUGAACCAAAGGUUGACGCCAGAACUCAAAUGCCACAUAGACAAAAUUCUACAUGUAUGUAGCAUGCUCGCGAACCUGCAAGGUCCCGUCAUUAAGACUCUGUGAGAGUUUCGAACAGAAAUCUGUGCUUCCGAUAAAGUACACAGUGCGCAAAAAGACAAAGA